AAUCGUGCUCGACCGUGCUCGAUUGGUGGCUCGAUUAAAAAAAAAAAGGUAGUGUUGGGACUAUAUCAAUAUAUGGGGUCCUGUGAGAUUUUGUGGUUUUGGGAUGUGUCAAGCAUCCUGAAUUUGUGUGUUUUCUAGUGGCACUUGAUGUGCAGUGGCAUUGUGCUCCUAUAGCAAAGAUCAAAGCUGUGUAAAACUGUAAACCGCAGUCAUCAACAUGGAUAAAAAAUGAGCCCUCAACGUCAAACCAAGACUCAAAGGACUAAUACUGAGCUUUGAGUUUGAACUUUGAGCUUGAAGAACUUAAUUCUACUUGGCACACAAGUUGAAUGACUGUCAUCAUCGGAGAUGGCUGGGUGUCACGAGGCGCUCAUAGCCUGGCGGCUUCUUCUGUGAGCAGGCUGGACAGUGUCCCGCUGUGACCCGCUGUGACCUCCGGUGACUCGCCGCAUCACUGGGACACACCACGGCCGUCGCUGCCGUCGUGACCCAGCGCGGUCUGCUGUGACCUAACCUACAGUGAACCGUCGUGACCCAGUGCGGCGGUGUGACUUCUAGUGACCUCUAGUGACCUCAAGUGACCUCCGGUGACUUCCAAAAUGGCCGAAGCGGACGCGGCCGGAAAAUCAUCGCGUCGUCCGCACUCGACAUUCUCGUACCCGUCAUCGGGCGCACGGCACUCACCACCGCCUCCGGCUCCGUUACGACACUCCUACGCUCCCGACUACCCUCCUGAACCGGCGGGCGCUGUGCGACCCGACCCGUUCGCAGUGUUCGACGGCCUCAGCAUCGGCUCCGACACUCGCAUGUCGGUGUCGACGGCCUCGUCUCUGCCGUCGGUGCUGUCGGAGCUGGCUGAUGCCGAGUUUCCCGACACACCGUUCGUGUGGACGAGUGACGAGGUGAACUGGCAGGAGCGGUGUCUGGAGCUGGAGCUGAGUCUGCAGCGCUUCAAGGAUCAGGCCGGCAGGAUCAGGAGCAUGCUCAGAGAUAAGCUGGUGGAGCUGGAGCAGCGUGUGGUCGAGUCGGAGCAGAAGGCUGCAGAGGCAGAGAGCAAGUUGCGCUGGCUCAGCGCGGAGAACCUCGUCACCUACCACUCCCUGUGCCUGCUGCACAAAGUGCGGUGUCACGCCGAGCCGGAGUUGCUAGCGGGUAGUCUGGCCACCGUGGCGGAGGCGCGCGGCCGGGACGCUGCUGUCAGCACGCGGCAGGACACACUCCUGCACGUGCCGCGAUCCCGUACAGAGAUGGGCAAACGCCGGUUCACCUGCCGAGCGCCGGCUGCCCUCAACUCGCUGCCAUCGGAUUUGCCCCGACUGCCCCCGGGGGCGUUCGGACAACGCCUACGCAGGCAUCUGCUCGAGGAGCAGAACACUAGCAACUAG